AUUAAAAACUGGUAGCCGGGAAGCAGGCUUUUGUAGCCUGGCUGGGCCUGCCUGGGUUCAGGUACGAGGAUGCCCGGCACAGUGCUUGGAGUGGGGCCAGGAGUAUUCAUCUUAGCACUGCUCUGGGUAUUGGCCUUGUUGCUCUGCAUGUUGUUAUCCAGAGCGUCUGGACUCGCUAGGUUUUCUGUUAUUCUGGUUUUCUUGGCUGCUGUGAUCAUCACAUUGGUUCUACUGCUUUUUCCACGUGCUGGUGAGUUCCCCGAACCCGCUGCAGAAGUGAAGAUCGUGGACACCUUCUACGUCGGCCGUUACGUUCUGCUCGCCAUUUUAAGCGUGAUUUUCCUGGGAUCUUUGUUCUUGGUUUUGGUUCACCAUAUCAUGCAACCAGUGUAUGCCAAACCAAUGCGUUCCGGCUUGUGAGAGGACAGGCAAGCAAUUCGGCAAUGUUGCCCUGGCCUGGCGGAGACUGGAACAGGAAAGUCCUCAGCAAGAGUCAUGCCCUUCUAAGCCGAUUGAAGUCAGAUGAACUUAUAAAAAGGAUAGCACUCCUUAG